AUGAUUUAUUAUUCUAUUGUCGUAUGUUUUUUACUUAUUUUAAAAACUGUUUCAAUCGAAAAUGUCGAUUAUAAUAUUUACGGUAUAACAGCUGAUGGAUGGGAGUUUGUUAGAGACUUUUUCAAAGAAAAUUUUGCAGAACUAUUAGAUUUUGGUGCAUCUGUAGCAAUUUAUCAUCAAGGAAAAUUAGUUGUUGAUUUAUGGGGUGGAUGGUUUGAUCGAACACGAACACAGCCUUAUGAUAAUAAUACAUUACAGUUAGUUUUUUCAACAUCAAAAGGUUUAGUAGCUGUAGCUGUUGCACUUUGUGUUCAACGAGGUCUAUUGGAUUAUUCAGAUUUAGUUACAAAAUAUUGGCCAGAAUAUGGAAAUAAUGGUAAAGAAAAUACAACUGUAGCAGACAUUAUGUCACAUCGUGCUGGAUUACCUCUGGAUUCUUCACCUUUUGAGCAAUAUUUUAAUUGGACAGCAAUGAUAUAUACAUUAGAACAUGAAAGACCACUAUGGCCACCUGGUACAAAUCAUGGUUAUCAUGCAUUUACAUAUGGUUGGCUAGCUGGUGAACUUGUUCGACGUGUUGAUCCUAUGAAAAGAACUUUAGGGCAGUUUAUUCGUGAUGAAAUUGCAAGACCAUUAAAUAUUGAAUUUUAUAUUGGUUUACCAUUUGAAGAAGAGUACCGGGUUUCACCAAUAGAUUUCAAAUCAUAUGAAAACGGAACAUUGAAUCAAUCAUUACCUGAUUCUUAUGAAGAGUUUAACAAUAGGAGUACACAUCAAGCUGAGAUUCCAGCGGUUAAUGGAAUCACCAAUGCUCGGUCUAUAGCAAGACUGUAUGCAUCUUUAAUGAGUGAUUUAGACAAUAACAAAUACAAACGACUAUUGAAUAAAGAAAUCUUAAAACGAGCAACUAAAUCGAAUACUCCUGAUCAUGAACUUGAUGUUGUGCUUCAACUUCCAACUGAUUUUAGUAUGGGUUUUAUACUUCUAGAUGACAUUUUUCCGUCGUUGGGACCAGGAGUAUUUGGUCAUAACGGCGUUGGAGGAAGUAUUGGUUUUGCUAUACCUGAAAAAAAUUUUGCAUUUUCCUAUGUUAUGAAUCGAUUGCGUUCGGAUAUAGCCCCGGAGAUUGAUCCUCGUUAUAAAGCAAUGUUAGAUAAAAUUGCAACUAUAAUUAAUACUACUAAUAGAAGUUGUCAUAAAACAUUCUCUCCAUAUAUGUUCUUUUUUAUGUUAAUAUAUCUUUGUGUCAAAUGUUUUUGUGAAUAA